AUUAUACAGUCCAAGAUUCUACUUUCAAAGAAGGAGUCCUCAGGACAGCUCUGGAGGAAGCACUGGAGAAUUAGAUAGGCUGAGCUGUCAGUCAUCUCCUGAGGCAAAGAACAACCCAAUAUUACUUUCUUCCCCAACCUUCACGUGGGCAGAAAUCGCAGGCCUUCACUUCCAUUCAGAGUGAAGAUACAUCUUUGAAAUGACUGACCUGACAACAAAUAUUGAUGACUGGACCAAAGAAGAUGUGAAACAAUGGGUGACAAAAGAACUCAAGAUUGAGGAAAAAUAUGGACAAAUCCUACUUUCUGAAGAAGUGUCAGGCUUAGUAUUAAAUGUCUUAGAAGAGAAGGAUCUUGUGAAUAUGGGUAUACCACGUGGCCCAGCUCUUUUGAUAAUGCGCACUUUUAAAACAUUGAAGAGCACUCCACCAGAAAGUUCUGUUCAGACAUUUGGAAAACAAGAUAGCUUGAAAACUCCUACAAAGAAAGACACAAUGAGAACAAAACUCAAAACAGAAAAUACAGAAAAGGCAAUUUCAACUACCAACUCUCAAGAUAUUACAAAUUCUGAAUGUAUGAAGGAAUCAAAGCUCACUACAGAAAAUGUAUUAGAUGAUGCAGAAGUAGAACCAAGAAGAUUAUCGUGUAUGCCAUAUCCUUUUGACAACUUCCAUGACAGCUGUCGUUAUAUACAGCAUUAUAUUCUGCAGCCAGAAACAGGACCACUAAAUCUCAUUGAUCCAGUCCAUGAGUAUAAGGCAUUAACUAAUACUGAGACAGCAACUGAGGAAGACAUCAAAAUGAAAUUCAGCCAAGAAGUCUUUAAAUUUGCUUCAGCCUGCAUGAAUUCUCGUACCAACGGCACUAUCCAUUUUGGUGUCAAAGACAAACCCCACGGAGAAAUUGUUGGGUUGAAAAUUACCAAUAAAGAAGCUUUUGUUGACCACUUCAAUCUGAUGAUCAAACACUAUUUUGAUUAUGAUGAGCAGGUCAAUAUAGCACGUAAAUGUAUUAGGGAACCCAGGUUUGUGGAAGUCUUACGGCAGAACAAUACUCUAUCUGAUAGAUUUGUUAUUGAAGUUGAUGUCAUUCCUCAGUAUUCCAUAUGUAAAAACACUCUUUUCCGCAUCAGAAUGCAAAACUGUAAAGAAAAAAGGUGGAAAGAAAAUAAUGAAUACUCAGUUUUUGUGAGGGAGGGAGCCAGCUCUAAAGACAUCCUUGCUAAUGUCAAGCAAAAUGAUGCAAAUUACAAAAAGUUUUUACUUGAUUUGGAUUCACUGGCAAAUUCCAGAAAAUCUGCAGAAAAAGAAUAUGGAACAAAAAAGAAGAUGAAGGGAAAUGAAGGGCCAAAGCUGGUGAAACUACUCACAGGAAACCGAGACCUGUUGGACAAUUCCCGCUAUGAAUGGUACAUUCUGGUGGCCAGUAAGUGCCAUCCAAAUCAAACAAAGCACCUGGACUUUCUAAAGGAGAUUAAAUGGUUUGCUGUGUUGGAGUUUGAUCCUGAAUCUGGGAACAAUGGGUUGGUGAAAUCUUACCGAGAGACUCGAGCAGCAAAUCUUCAUUUUCCACAUCAAUAUGAUGACGAAGUUAUCCAAAAUCCCAAUAAGUUGAAUCUUUAUCAACAGCCCAGCUGGAUCUUUUGCAAUGGUAGGACAGACCUGGAAGGGCAGGAGGACAAGCCUUUAGAGUCAUCUUUAUGGCAACGAGAAAGAGCUUCUGAAGUCCGAAAACUCAUUUCCUUCCUUACUCAUGAAAACAUAAUGCCAAGAGGGAAGUUUUUGGUGGUGUUUCUGUUACUCUCUCCAGUGGAAGAUCCAAGAGAUCCUCUCAUUGAAGCAUUCUGUGCUUUCUACCAAGAUCUGAAGGGAAUGGAAAACAUAUUGUGCAUCUGCAUCAAUUCACACAUAUGUCAGCGAUGGAAAAGUCUUCUACAAGCCAGACUGACAAUGGUUGAUGAGCUCUCAGACCAAUGUAUUUCUACCUUAAGUCUUGAAAAGAUAAAUGGUACAAUUCUGAAAUUAAAAUCAAGGAUUCAUUCUUCACAAAGGUUUUUGCCAUCAACUGGUUUAUCUACUGUUCUCCUGAAAAAGGAAGAAGAUUUCAUGAGUGCUCUAGAAAUCCUCUGUGAAAAUGAAUGUGAAGACACGGAAUUAGAGGCGGAUGAAAAUAAGUUCCUUGAAUUCAUGAAAUCUCAAGAGGAGCAUUUUUAUCGAGGUGGCAAAGUUUCCUGGUGGAACUUUUACUUUUCCUCUAAAAAGUAUUCAACUUUUAUAAAAAGGGACAAAUAUAAAAACCUUAAAGAGAUGAUUCAAGACUGGGCAGAUACUCCUAAACAAACAUGUGCCAAAAUUGUUAAUCUUUAUCACCACCCAGGCUGUGGGGGAACUACAUUGGCCAUGCAUGUUCUCUGGAAACUAAAGAAAAAAUUCAGAUGUGCUGUGCUGAAAAAUAAAGCAACUGAAUUUCCAGAAAUUGGAGAACAGGUAAUCAGUUUAAUCAAAUAUGGUUCAAAUGGCCAGCCAGAUUAUUUACCUGUACUGCUCCUUGUGGAUGAUUUUGAGGAACAAGAAAAUGUCUAUAUGCUUCAGAAUUAUAUUCUUGCAGCUGUAGCAGAAAAGGGUAUUCAAUAUGAAAAACCUCUAGUGAUCAUUUUAAACUGUAUGAGAUCCCAGAAUCCUCUUAAAAGUGCAAAACAUCCAGACAGCAUUGCUCUGGAAAAUAAACUUUCUGAGAUAGAGCAAAGAGCUUUUGAGGUCAAACUGAAAGAAAUUGAAAAGCAACACAAGAACUUUAAAGAUUUUUAUUCUUUCAUGAUCAUGAAAAGUAAUUUUGAUGAAAAAUACAUAGAAAAUGUUGUCAGGAACAUACUGAAAGGGCUCGAAAUACAUAGCAAGGAAGCACAACUCAUUUCCUUUCUGGCUUUACUGAACUCUUAUGUUACUAAUUCCAUAAUCUCAGUAUCCCAGUGUGAGGAAUUCUUGGGAAUUGCAAACAAGAGGACUUUCUGGGGAACCGAAUGCCUUGAAGACAAGAUGGGAAACUAUUCUACUCUUUUGAUUCAAGUGGAAGUGCAGGAAAAAGGGAAGUACAAAGCUGCAAGGAUCAUCCAUCCUCUGAUCGCCAAUCACUGUCUAGUUGAAUUGAAAACCUCUUAUCAUUUGGCUAAAAGUCAAAUCACACUGGAACUGUUAGAAGAGAGUUUAUUUUAUAAUAUUGGAAUAGGAAGAGAUAAACUUUCCCAAGAUGUGGAAACUUUGUUGCUUACCAGACAGCGCAGGGAGCAUGGGGAUGAGACAAAUACUUUGUUUUCUCCAUUGAUUGAAGCAGUGCAACAGGAAGAAGGUAAUGAUAAAGUAGUAAUGGUCUUGCAGAAAGGAACUAUUCGAUUCCCCCAGAAUGCAUUCAUUUGUCAAGCCUUAGCGAGACAUUUCUACCUUAAGGAGAAGAACUUUCCCAGUGCUCUGAAGUGGGCAGAGAAAGCAAAAACACUGGCACCCUGCAACUCCUAUAUCUCAGAUACAAUUGGUCAAGUCUACAAAAGUAAGAUAAAAUGGUGGUUGGAAGAAAAUGCAAGAAGUAGGAGCAUCACUGUUCAUGAUCUGAGAAAUCUCCUAGAAACUGCUGGAACAGCCUCCAAAGCCUUCAAAUUGUGUCAGGAGCAAAGUAAAAUGAAAGAAAAUGUCAGAGAGGAUUUGGACAAUCAAAGAUGGAAAAGGAGGUAUGAUUCCUACAAUACAGCAGGCUAUCAAGGAGAGAUUGAAGUAUGUCUUUGCACAAUCCAGGUUCUACAGCUCAUUUCUUUUUUUGGCAAAGAAGAUCAAGUGUGUAACGAACACAUGGUAAAAUUUUUAUCUGGAAAGGGUGAUAUUCCUGGGGAUCCAAAUGAUGAGUAUCACUUAGCAUUGAAGGAGUUCAUUCCUUACCUGAGUAACUUGCAGUUAGAUUUGAAACAAGCCUUUGAUUUUUUCGAUAACUACUUUGUCCUUCUGAAGCCCAAGAACAUCAUUAAAGAAAAAGAAGAAAUAAAACUUCGGAGAAAGGUGAUUGAAUGUUUCAAUAGAUAUGCAGCAGUAUUCGGUCCCUUAGAUCUGCAGCAAUAUCAGGACAAAAACCCAAAAACAAAACUCGUUUUGCCAAUUCAAGUAGAGAACUGUAGGAGAAGCCUGGAAAUUUUAAAAGCAGACAAGUUUUCUGGAUUAUUAGAGUAUCUUCUCACUAACCAAAGAAGUGCUGCUAACAAAAUGGAAGAUAUCAUAGAUCAAUAUACUUAUCUCCUUGGACAGUUGACCAAUAAAACCCAUUUGAGAGAAAAGCAGAAUUUCAUUCUGGCCAACAUCGUUCUCAGUUGUAUAAGACCAGCUUCCAAACUGGUGCAACCCCUGCCUAAGCUAAAGAAACAGCUCCAAGAAAUCCUGAAGCAAGUAGGUUUCAAUCACAAAUUCCCAGAACCUUACUUCCUUGCCUCCCUGUUGUUCUGGCCAGAAAACCAACAACUUGAUUCAGAUUCUGGACAAAUGGAAAAGUAUAUUUCAUCUCUAAAUAUGUCCUUCAAGUCACAGUACAAGUAUAUGUGUCACUUCAAACAGCCAAUUGCACAUUUUUACCUUGGAAAAGGCAGUGGUUUCAACAGGCUUGUGCACAAAGUCAAAAUUGAGCAGUGUUUUCAAAACGUGUCAGACACAAAUAUCCUGUUUCAGAGUGGGGCUGUGUGGGAAGAGAAAAAAGUCCAGGAACUUUUGCUACGAUUAAGGGGCCGGGCUGAGGGUGAACUCAUCUAUGUAGAGUAUGGAAGAGAUGAAAAAAUCAAGAUCCCUGUGAGGCCUGUUUUCUUAGGUAGAUUACGGAGUGGCAGAAGUAUAGAAAAAGUAUCCUUCUACCUGGGAUUUUCCCUUGAAGGUCCACUUGCAUAUGGCAUAGAGAUCAUUUAAGAAACCACAUCAUUUUCCUCUUGUUUUCUGAGGCUCCUUAUCUCAGUAUUAUUAGCUUUCAGUCUGGAAUCAGAAUUUUAUAGAGUUCAUUUUCCUCAUACUUUACCUUCUUCUGUUGUCUUAGCUCCAAGAAUUACACAAGACACUAUCCAAAAAUUAUUUUACUCCUCUGCUACCAUUAAGAUCUUAUGAAUUGUUUCCAAAUGUCUCCAAUUUGUAAUAUCUGGAGGACCAUUAAAAAAAGGGGAAGCUUUGUUACUCUUAAUAUCUCUACCUCCUCCCCACCCUUACCAAAGUGAUUAUGUAUAAAGGACCCUUUCCACUUCCUUAGGGUGUACUUCAGUGUUAUGAAAUAAAUCAAAAAAUUAAUAAUAAAAAUAUUCUAGUACUUGAUAGAUUCUAGACUCCUGGUCCUCCAGUUGGCUAAGUCUGUGAUCUAUGACAAGUCACUGAACCUACUUUGUGCUUUAGAUUCCUAGAUAGAAAAUGGAGGUAAUUGCACAGAUCACUAUCAAUUGGGGAAUGGCUGAACAAGUUGUGACGUAUGGUUGUGACAGAAGCCUACUGUGCUAUAAGAAAUGAUGAGCUCAUUGAGCUUAGA